UCUGCUCCCAACUAUCUCUGCGGAUGCUACAUUUUUUAGCGUGCCCGUGGAAACGCGGGAAAAAUUAGAAAUGUUUGAUCGAUAUCAAAGCUAGGCGAGACUUGACAUUGACAUCUUAGAAAAUGGUUAGAUUAACAACGGCAUAUGUUGAGAGAAAAUGUUCGCAGACUCAGGCCAGUAAAUCCUUAACAAAGGACAUCCAGAAAGACCACCUGAAAAAGAUCACGCACCUUUACAUGAAUGAAAAAUAUAUCAGAGCAAUUGGAGAUUUUUCAGUUUGUACGAACCUGAAAGUUAUAUAUCUUCACAACAACUGUAUUGCUAAAAUUGAAAACUUGCAGUUCGCGGUGAACCUCAUACAUCUGUAUUUACAGCACAAUAAUAUAAGAAAGAUCGAGAAUUUGAAUUCUCUUAGAAAUUUGAAGAAACUUUAUUUAGGGUAUAAUUACAUUAAAACAGUGGAAGCUUUGGAGGAAUUGGAAAACCUGGAGGAGCUUCAGAUCGAAAAGCAAAAACUUUUGAUGGGAGAGUCAUUAGAGUUCGAGUCAAAUUGUGCCAAUACUCUAUCCCUUUUUCUUUUUGAUCAGGGUCGUCUGAAAAUUCUGAAUAUAUCAGGAAAUAGAAUAACCACGCUGCGUGACCUCAAUAACUUCCAAAAUUUAGAAAAACUGGAUGCUAGAGAAAAUUUAAUAGACGACAUGAAUGAUUUACUGGAGACAACUUCAUCUCUGCCUAAUAUCUUUGAACUUUCCCUUCAAGGAAACCCUGUAACAAAACGUCAUCAGUACAGAGAAAGUCUAAUCGGGAGCAGUCAUCACCUAAAACAUUUAGAUGGGAAAUUAAUAACAGAAGUCUCACGACAGUUUAUGAUGAGAUUUAAAACUGAAAAAUUGGGACGACCUACAAGGAGGCGACUAAAGAUGACUCUGAGCGAUGACAUUACAAGCUCUCUGAAUUUACCGCCAGCUUUUAAAAGAUCAGUUUCAAGAGCAAUCGUGCAAUCUGGACCAAAAUUGUCAAUAAGCGUCACAUCUGUGACAGGAGAACUACACCCCCAGUAUUUUCCACCUUGGAGAUCAACUCCUGCAGUGAAAUCCUUUAAGAACAACCGGUUCACACCGAGACCAUUCUGGAGGUGUACUCCGAAGAAUAAAAGUCAAUCGCCUCCAGCGCCAACCACCAGCACCAUAAUACUUCCACCGAUCUAAAUUACUCUUCGAGUCUAAAGAUCAACAAUCUUAAUCAUUCAUUUGUACGGUUAAUAAAUUACAACAAGAAACUGCAAGACAGCUAAGAUAUAAACGAACCAAAAUUGU